AAUGGAUGAUGGGAGUUGUAGUUUGCCAAACUGCCCUAACUAAGUUAGAAGCGCGUGGUAGUAGAAGUGACAGUCCGUUUGCUUCUCGCUUCAGAAAUUCGUACAAUUUUAGUUUAUGAACCUCAAAACACCCGCUGCAAUGUCCACAAAUACGGUCGAGAGACCCAUGUUGUGCGAUACAACGUCCUCGAGUGGGAGUAUGGAGUCCGUACACUGCAACUGGAGGAAUGUAUCACAAGCUAACCAGAUCUCCAAAAGAUCAAGACCCAUGUCCGAAACCUUAUCCAAACUGGCUCAACUCAUCACCUGCAUGGAGUACAAACCAAAAUCCCAAACGUCUUCCUCCAUCUGCAAGGACGCCAGCCAGAAACCCUCCGAAAUGAACGCCCUUGUCCGUCACCAGCAAAAAGAGCGCACCCUGCAAAAACUCCACAGCUGUCAACGCUGUAACCAACAGUUUGCUUUGCUUUCCAGUCUGCAGUUACACAAGUGCCCUCGUUCUUUAUCCGUGUGCCAAACAUGCAUGGGGAAAAUGCCAAAGGGGUCUUCUUGCGCCUCCUGUGGGAGUAAAACCUCGGUUCCUGACUCUACAGAAGAUCCCAUCCAUCAAGACAACAGCACAUAUGCUUGCACCCCAUGCGGACAAGCAUUCACCCACAAACAAGAUCUGCUCCACCACCAGCAGGCUGGAGACUGUCAGCCUGCAAACACUCUCAAACCUGCUUCCUUGCCACCAUUUAAACCGAAAGCCAUUUCCACAUGCACCCUGUGCUCCAGAACUUUCCGUGCUCCCAGAGGUCUUGCCUGCCACAUGCGCUUUUCCCACGCACCAAGAAAAAGAAGCACAAAUUUAGAAAAGGAUGUGCAUUUAGGGAUUAUAGGGGGGGAUAAGAGCAUCUCGAGUACGCUCUUUCAAUGCCGUUCCUGUGAUAAAUCGUUUUCCAAGACGUCACUUCUGCAUCGGCAUAGGAAGGAAGAACACAGACGGGAUGUAAAGGUGAGGAAUACGUUUAGAAACUCUGUGAAGAUCACCAGGCAGAAGCGGAAAAGUGGGAUAUAUCCAUGCCUGCACUGCGGAACGGAGUUCCUGCAUCAUCUGACGCGCUUGGCGCAUUUUAGAAAAUACACCGUUCACCAUGAGAUGCACCUCAAAUUAAGCAACAAAUCAACCCGUGUUUAUGCAACUGCUGCUAAGCAGAAGCUGAAGCCAGCAAGAAAGCUCCAAAAAGAUAAACCUGCAGGAAAGAAAGGAAGACCGAAGAAACUUCUCCCUGUUCAAAUUGAGGAAAUUGAAGAAGAGGAUGAAAUUGAAGAGGAUAAACUGGAAGAUGAUAGUGAUGAUGAUGAUGAAGAGGAAGACGAGGAUGCCGAGUUCCCUUGUACAUCAUGCGAUCAGGUCUUCAGUUCCAAAGCUGCUCUGUUUGUUCAUGAGAAAGUCCACGAACAGUUGCCGGAGGAAGUAGAAGACGAGCCGGCCAAGACGUGCAGGUGUUGUAGUGUCUGUUCAGACGAGAUUCCUCACCACAUGCUUACUGAAGAUGGUUGUGAGGGGGAAGUCUAUCACUGUGUGCCGUGUGCUGAGACCUUCAAAGCUCUGGACACUUUUCUAGAGCACUGCCAGAAACAUCUGAUACGUGAACAUGAGGAUGAGUUCAGUGAUGACUGAAAGAGCUUGCUUUUUUGCCAUUGUUUUUUUCCUUUAGAACAAUGGUCUCAAACUCAAUUCCUGAAGGGCUGCGGCUCUACAUAUAGCUCCAACCACCUCCAACUCACACCUGCUUAAUAGUCUCUAGUAGUCUUGAACACCUUGAUUAGUUGGAUCAGCUGUGUUUGAUUAGGGUUGGAGCAAAGCUGUGCAGAGCUGCGGCCCUUCAGGAAUUGAGUUUGAGAUCCAUGAUCUAGAACAAAAGAUAAUUGCAUAUAAUUAGACAAAAGGCAAAAAAAAUAAAUAAAAUUGACAUGACGUUUAAGGGAUAGUUCACUCAAAAAAAGUAAAAAUGGACCCACGAGCUGGUCCAAAUUUCACUUUCUUCUCAAGAUAUUUUAAAAAUGUGAAAAGUAGAAGUCAGUGGGGACCAGUAGCUGUUUUGGUCACCCAUAUUGUUUAAAAUAUCUUCUUUUGUGGUAAACAGGAGAAAGUUUAAGGGAUGGUUCACCCCAAAAAUUAAAAUUACCUCAUUUAUUUUCCCUCAUCAUGUGGUUUUAAAGCUUUAUGAGUUUGAACACAAAAGAAGACAUUUUGAAGAAUGCUGGUUGCUGCCACCUAUUUGCUUCCUUAGAAAGCAACCAGUAUUUCUCAAAAUAUGUUUUUCAAUAGAAGAAAGAAACAAACAGGUGGAGGGUGAUUAAAUGAUGACAGAAUUUUCACUUUAGGGUGAACUAUCCCUUUAAGAAUGUAUUUUUAACAGCUCAAGGGUGGGCAAAUAAUGAUUUACUUUUUUUUUUAGUGACACAAAAUAGGCAUACUGCCAUCAUUUACUCACCCUUGUGUCGUUUCAAACCACUCUGAUGUUCUUUCCAAUGUAGAACACUACAGGAGAUGUUUUGGUAGCCAAAUUGUUUUCGGAUCUUGAUGAUUUUCAUUGUGUUUUUUCAUACUAUGGAAAUGAAUGGGAUCCAAAACGUGUUACUUGCCAAUAUUAUUGAAAAAAUCUUAUAUUCUACUGAAAAAGUUAAUUCCUAAUGGGGUGGAACAAGACUUUUGUGUGAGCUGCUUGAUUAUGGACACAUUUUUCAGGAAUCGCAUUCAUCAGGUCUUCUUGGAUUGGGUAGACUGUUUAGAUAAUAUCAGCAUUUUACAGAUUAUGUAGUUUAUAAUAUUGUAAGGCGUACACAGGAUAACUCACACUAACUAACUAACUUAACUAAACUGAGCCAAAUAACCUGACAUAUAAUAGAGUGGAGAUGGAAUGACGUCAGAACCUAGAUCAUGGAUGUCAAACUGGAUUCCUGGAGGGCCGCAGCUUUGCUCCAACCCUAAUCAAACACAGAUAUUCCUUCUAAUCAAGGUGUUCAAGACUACUGGAGAUUAUUAAGCAGGUGUGAGUUGGACGUGGUUGAAGCUAAACUAUGCAGAGCUGCGGCCCUCCAGGAAUUGAGUUUGAGGCCGUUGUUCUAGAUCAUGGGUUUCAAACUCAAUUCCUGGAGUGCCGGAGCUCUGCAUAGUUUUGCUCCAAUCCUAAUCGAACCCAGAUGAUCCAACUGAUCAAGGUGUUAAAAGACUACUAGAGACUAUUAAGCAGGUGUGAGUUGGACGUGGUUGAAGCUAAACUAUGCAGAGUUGCUGCCCUCCAGGAAUUGAGUUUGAAACCACUGACCUAGAAUAAUUCAUUUUGAAAGUUUAAUGUUUUGAAGAUUUUUAUAAUUUGUAGUUAUUAUUAAAACUUCUGUGGUAAACAUAACUCAAAGAUGUAAUGCUUUGCUCUACAGCAUAAAUUAGAGCAGUGUUUCCCAACCCUGUACCUGUAGGCACACCAGCAGCACAUGUUUUGGAUUUCUCCUGUAUCUGACCUGUUAACUUGAGAUUUUGGAGUCUCUUCUAAUGAUCUGCAGGUGUGUUUGAUCAGGAAGAGGUUGAAAAUGUGUUGGUGUGCCUUCAGGAACAGAGUUGGCAAACACUGAAUUAGACAUGUCCACGUCAAAAACAAGUUUAGAUAUGAGUGUGUGUGUAUUUUAUAAAACAUACGUUUCUAAUAGGUGACUGCAUGAGAAUGUUUUGAGUGUGAGUCUGUGUGAUUUAUGAUGUAG